ACGCCUGCAUCAGAGGGAUCAGUUCUCUACACACUGAUUGUGACUCUGUGCUGUUGUUAUCUGUGUGUGGCGAGUCCGUCCGGAGAGCUGCGUCUUUAUUGGUCGUGUUCUGAGCUUUAUGUCGGACCGAGGGUUAAACACACAGCGUCAAACCACUUCCUGGACUGAGUCAAAGCCUGAUGCCCCUCCCUCUUCUUCCUGCUCUCAAACACAGCCAGCUCCACUCUGUUCAUGUGUUUCCUUGUUCCCUCCCUUCAGAUCUACAGUUUGAAGAUGGGUGGAACCAACAUGUGGUGAAGUGCGAGAGCUGACAGGCCCCGUUCACUGCAGAGACACAUGUUGUUGAGAUCAGAGCUCAAACUAGUUUCAGUUCUGAGGAAGUGAAACUCAGACAGUCGUUGUCACCGAGAGCUGAAAUGGCGCAGAAAGGAGAUCAGCUGGAAAUCUUGUCUUGUUCCAUCUGUCUGGAUCUACUGAAGGAUCCGGUGGCUCUUCCCUGUGGACACAGCUACUGCAUGAACUGUAUUAAAAGCUUCUGGGAUGAAGAGGAUGAGAAGAGAAUCCACAGCUGCCCUCAGUGUAGGCAGACCUUCACACCGAGGCCUGUCCUGGGGAAAAACACCAUGUUAGCAGCUUUAGUGGAGCAGCUGAAGAAGACUGGACUCCAAGCUGCUGCUGCUGAUCACUGCUAUGCUGGACCUGAAGACGUGGCCUGUGAUGUCUGCACUGGGAGGAAACUGAAAGCUGUUAAAUCCUGUCUGGUUUGUCUGGUCUCUUACUGUGAGAAUCACCUGCAGCGUCAUUAUGAUGUAGCUCAGCUAAAGAAACACAAGCUGGUGGAGCCCUCCGAGAAGCUCCAGGAGAACAUCUGCUCUCGUCACGAUGAGGUGAUGAAGAUGUUCUGCCGCAGCGAUCAGCAGUGUAUCUGUUAUCUCUGCUCUGUGGAUGAACAUAAAGGCCACGACACAGUCUCAGCUGCAGCAGAAAGGACUGAGAGGCAGAGAGAGCUCCAGCUGAGGCGACAAGAGAUCCAGCAGAGAAUCCAGGACAGAGAGAAAGAUGUGAAGCUGCUUCGACAGGAGGUGGAGGCUAUCGACGGCUCUGCUGAUGAAGCGGUGGAGGACAGUGAGAAGACCUUCACCGAGCUGAUCCGUCUCAUGGAGAAAAGACGCUCUGAUGUGAAGCAGCAGAUCAGAUCCCAGCAGGAAACUGAAGCCGGUCGAGUCAAAGAGCUUCAGGAGAAGCUGCAGCAGGAGAUCGCUGAGCUGAAGAGGAAAGACGCUGAGCUGAAGCAGCUCUCACACACAGAGGAUCACAGCCACUUUCUACGCAACUACCCCUCACUGUCACGACUCAGCGACUCUACAGACUCGUCCGCCAUCGAUGUCCGUCCUCUGAGAUACUUUGAGGACGUGACAGCAGCUGUGUCACAGCUCAGAGAGAAACUACAGGACGUUCUGACAGAGACAUGGACAAACGUCUCACUGACACUGACUGAAGUGGAUGUUUUACUGUCACAACCAGAGCCCAAGACCAGAGCUGACUUCUUAAAAUAUUCACAGGAAAUCACACUGGAUCCAAACACAGCAAACACAGUUCUGUUAUUAUCUGAGGGAAACAGAAAAGCAACAUGGAGUCAACAACAGUCUUAUCCUCGUCAUCCAGACAGAUUCACUUUAUAUCCUCAGGUCCUGAGUAGAGAGAGUCUGACUGGACGUUGUUACUGGGAGGUGGAGAGGAGAGGAGGAGGAGUUUCUGUAUCAGUCUCAUACAAGAAUAUCAGCAGAGCAGGGUGGGAAAGUUUAUUUGGAAACAAUGACAAAUCUUGGUCGUUAGAUUGUUUUCAAAACAGAUUUUCAUUUAGGUUCAACAGCAUCAGAACUCCAGUCUCAGGUCCUCGGUCCUCCAGAGUAGGAGUGUACCUGGAUCACACAGCAGGUGUUCUGUCCUUCUACAGCGUCUCUGAAACCAUGACUCUCCUCCACAGAGUCCAGACCACAUUCACUCAGCCUCUCUAUGCUGGACUCUGGCUUUACUGGGAUGGAGACACAGCUGAGUUUUAUAAGCUCACAUAGAUAAAAGUCCAGAUUUGUAUUUCAUUCCUAAAGUUAUUGUGUCUCCAUCAUUGUUGCUAAAAGCUGGUUGUUGUGUUUUGUUUGUUGAAUCCUGAUGUUUUAUUACAGGUGAGAUCAGCUCCAUCUAAGUCCUUAAAAUGAGUCUCAUCUUCAGCAGCUGCAACAUGAAAGUUGUUGACACAUUAAAACAUCAAUAAUCACAAUCCAGUCGUAUGAUUUACAUUAUUCUGACAUGAGACUUUUACUUUGAUACUCCACCUGUUUCUGUUUUCAGACACACACACACACACUGAUCACAGCUGAUCAGCGCUGAUCACAGCUGAUCACAGCUGAUCACCGCUGAUCACAGCUGAUCACAGCUGAUCACAGCUGAUCACCUGAUCACAGCUGAUCACCGCUGAUCACAGCUGAUCACAGCUGAUCACCGCUGAUCACCGCUGAUCACAGCUGAUCACCGCUGAUCACAGCUGAUCACAGCUGAUCACCGCUGAUCACCGCUGAUCACCGCUGAUCACAGCUGAUCACAGCUGAUCACCGCUGAUCACCGCUGAUCACAGCUGAUCACCGCUGAUCACAGCUGAUCACAGCUGAUCACCGCUGAUCACCGCUGAUCACCGCUGAUCACCGCUGAUCACAGCUGAUCACCGCUGAUCACCGCUGAUCACAGCUGAUUCAGCUGAUCACCGCUGAUUCAGCUGCUGGUUAUGAGAUAGUUUGAAUGGAAAUAAGUAUAAAAUACUGCGCUCCAGUUGCAGCUGACAGUUAACUCACUGACUCCAUGGCAACGUACUGCUGACAGUAAAUACACGCUGAUGCACCAUGACGAGUUGAUAAUGUCCCAGCACCACAGAUCUCAUUCACUAUUCUUUCAGAAAAACAUUUCAGGAUCAUUAUCAAAAAAGUUUGUCUCUAAAAUGUUGUUACAGCUCCUCAAAAAUCCAGCAGCAGCCGAACUCCAGAAACCAGUAACUCCAGCCGUCAUGAAUGAAGACCAGUAAGAAGGGAAUCAUUAAGUUAAACACAAGUUCCUUUACACUGUGCUGAGCACUGGAGUAAAUGUACUUAGUUACUUUCCACCUCAGCUACAAACUGAGCUGAACUCACUGAUCAAUUGAUUGAUUUUGGCCUGAAGAUGAUGACGUUACUCAGAAAUAAAAGCCAGAGUUCAGAGUUCAGCUUGGUUUAUUAAGAGAAGAUCACACAGUCACACCUGCUGUACCUGCAUUCAAGCAGCGUGUUUCCUCCUCAGGCUAAUGCUGAUUGGUUAAUUAAAUUAUUUAAAGGUCCCAUAUUUUACCCUUGUGGUUUAUUGUCAUUAGUGUGUAUUGUAACUUUAUUGUUAUUUUUUCCUCUUCUCCUGUGUUUUAUUUUGAAGUGUUGAUCUAUAAGAAGAUAUAAAAACAUCUCAGUGUAGUUUCACAUCUCCUCUCUCAGCUCCUCUCUGCAGCUCUAGUAACAACAGGUCGGUGAGCCAAUCAGAAGAGAGGAGGCUCUGAGCCUCAGUCCUCGCUGAUGGUUUAUCUCUUUUAUUUGUGUUUAUUCAUUGUAAUCCUCAUUUUCUUUCAUCGUUAAUAAUUCUUCACACAGUUAUAAACAAUUCCAGUGGUUUGUAAUUAACAGUGUUCAAAAUAAACAGCAGCGCUCAGA